GUGAUUUUGUGUGGUACACAACGCGUAACUUGUUCGGUGGUUUUUGGGGUGUAAAAAUAAAUUCUAUAUAUGUAUGUAAAAAAAUACAAAAAGAAAAAUACGACAUAAAAGUUUCAUAGAAAUCGCAAUACUUGAGCGAAAAUAAAAUUUCUGUUUUAGUUUUGUUUUUUUGAAUGUGCAGUUAGAUGAAGUUGUGAAUGAUUAAAGUUAAUGGUUUAAACUAAAAAAAUCAAGAAGAAAUCCUUAACAAUGACAGCAAACGAAACUUCAUCGGCCUCGCCGCCAACGUCAAACACAACCACGACCACCCCCGCCACAAUGGAAGUGCCAUCGGUGGUUGAUCAAGAGGAUGUCACUUUAGAUGGCAUCUUAAAAUAUAUUGGACAAUUCGGACGAUUCCAAUUGAUGAUAUUCGUAUUGAUCUGUUUACCAAUGAUGUUUCAUGCCAUGUUCUCGGUGACUUAUGUCUUUACAGCUGGCACAGUGAUGCACAGAUGUAACAUUACAGAAUGUGAUUCACCGGCAAGUCAAUACUAUGAAGACUGGACAGAUUUCAGUAUACCACACAAUGGCAAAGAGUUGGAUAAAUGUAAUCGUUAUGUGAAUGAGAAUGCAUCCUCGUCUACUUGUGAUCCUGACUAUUAUCAAAAACAAGAGGUUCAGUCAUGUCCCGACAAUAAUUUCAUAUUUCGCGAUAAUGAACUAACAAUUUCCAAUGACUUUGGAAUUUAUUGCGACGAUGAAUGGAAAUUAUCGCUAGUUGGCACAAUAAAUAAUCUGGGACAAUUCUUUGGCAUACCAAUUGGUGGAUUUGUGGCAGAUCGAUAUGGACGUAGUUUUUCCAUUGCCCUGGGCGGCAUUUUGGGCGCCUUGCUGGGCAUUGUUCGUUCGUAUUCGCCAAAUUAUAUUUGGUUCUUGAUCUUUGAGUUCUUGGACAAUGCAACGAGUAGCACAUUGUAUUCCACUUGCUUUGUGAUCGGCAUCGAAUUGGUAGGUCCACGAAGACGUGUCCUUGCUUGCAGUGUGAUCACAAUAUUCUAUGCUGUGGGUGAAGUUGCAUUGGCCAUGUUUGCCAAAGCCUUCCCAGAUUGGCGUAUUCUUCUGCGAAUCACAUAUAUGCCAUCGUUAAUAUUGUUGGCCUAUUUCUGGAUUCUACCGGAGAGUGUACGCUGGUUACUCAGUCAGGGCAAGGAGGAGAGGGCCAAGGGUAUUCUGAGGCGGGCAGCCAAAGUCAAUAAGCGAAAACUGUCCGAGAGUUCGCUGGACAAACUGGUCAUGGCGAAUCGAGAUAAGUUAAAGGAAUCACAAGAAAGUAAAUUUCCCAUUCGAGAAGCAUUCAAGAAUUUCAAAUGGCGCAUUGCCAAUUGUUCCUUGUGCUGGAUUGUUCACGUUCUGGUUUAUUAUGGCUUGAGUUUAAAUGUGGUCCUUUUGGAUGGUGAUAAGUAUAAUAAUUUUGCAUAUAUUGCCCUGGUGGAGAUUCCUGGCUUCUUUCUGCCUCUCCUCAUAAUGGAUCGUUUUGGUCGCCGUUAUUCCCUUUGCGGUCUUAUGCUGUUCAGUGGUCUGUGCUGCAUUGGAACCAUCUUUACGGGGGGAGAUCAGUAUGUCCUCCAAUUGGUAUUAUUCCUGGUGGGCAAAUUAACCAUUACGGCCAGCUUUCAAGUGCUUUACUUUUUCGCAUCGGAAAUUUUUCCAACAAAUUUGCGCAACAGUUUGCUCAGUUUUUGUUCCAUGAUGGGUCGAUUUGGUUCAAUGUUAGCCCCGCAGACUCCUUUGUUGGCCAAGUAUUAUGCCAAUGCCCCGGCCAUACUUUUUGCUGUUGCAGCCAUUUUUAGCGGCUGUCUCACUCUAUUCUUUCCGGAGACGACAAAUGUGAUAUUGCCCACCACGGUGCAGGAAGCCCAUGCCAUUGGUGGCAAAAAGAAACCCUCAAAGGCCAACGAUUUAAAUCUAACGGCUGCAUAAUGUAGUAUAAUUUAAUCUAAGAUUUAGUUUUUAAGGAACCGAAUCAAAGACAUUUGUAAGACAAAAUAAGUUUAUACAUAUAUACGAGGUAAGAAAUAUAUAUACAUGUACAUAUACCAACUCAAAAUUAAUGU